AUCUGAAGAAGCCACAGGCGAGGGGUGUGUCCUCCACACCGCAGGGUGGCGCUGUGUCUGUAAGAUCACUGCUGCUCGAGUUCAAAGGUUGUUUUGUUUCCAUCCUCGUGUUGUCAGAGCUGUGAACUUCCACUAGCGAGGAUCAAAUAAACCAAGCAUGUCGUACACGUGCAUCAGCUGCCGUGUGCAGUUCUCUGACGGCGAGGUCCAGCGGGCGCAUUAUAAGACAGACUGGCACCGCUACAAUCUGAAGAGGAAGGUUGCAGACAUGCCUCCGGUCACCGCAGAAAACUUCCAGGAGCGAGUGCUGGCGCAGCGGGCAGCGGCCGAGCAGGAGAGCCAGGUCGCCGGACACGGCUCGGCCUACUGCGCCACCUGCAACAAGAAGUUCUCCACUGACAACGCCUACACCAAUCAUAUUCAGUCCAACAAGCACCAGCAGGCCGAGAGGAAAGCCCUGGCCGCCGCCCAGGAGACUGUCCAGCGAAUGAACGAGAAGAAUCUGGAGAAAGGGGCGGAGCUAGACAAAGAUGCACAGAAUGAGGCGCUUCAGAAAGCUCUCAGGGAGCAGCAGAGACACGCCCCUUCUGAAGCCACGCCCACAGAGAAACGGGUCCGACAGCGGCCGGACAAACCGCCUCGGCUGCAGUGGUUCGAGCAGCAGGCCAAGAAGAUCACAGAUGAGGAGGGUGAAGAAGAGGAGGAGGAGGAAGGAUGGGAGGACGUUGAUGAGGAUAUGGAUGGUGAUGAUGAUGAUGAUGAUGAAGAGGAGGAGAUGGAGGAGGACUCCGCAUCUGCGGCAGCAGCUCUGGCCCCCGGUACAAUCCCAGUGACCGACUGUCUGUUCUGCGGACAUCAUUCCCGCUCACUCUCCCGAAACAUGGCACACAUGACCAAAACGCACAGCUUCUUCCUCCCAGACAUCGAGUUUCUGGUGGACCUGAGAGGACUCAUUUCAUACCUGGGAGAGAAGGUUGGCGUCGGGAAGGUGUGCUUAUGGUGUAACGAGAAAGGCAAGUCCUUCUACUCUACAGAAGCAGUUCAGGCACACAUGACCGACAAGAGCCACUGCAAACUCCUCACAGACGGAGACGCGGCGCUCGAGUUCGCUGACUUCUACGACUUCAGGAGCAGUUAUCCUGAUGCUAAAGACGGAGAUGAUGUGGAGAUGAAGGAUGGUGAACUGCCUGAGGAAAAGACUGUGGAGUUUGAUGACGAGACUCUGGAGCUCACUCUGCCCUCAGGGGCUAAGAUCGGCCAUCGCUCCCUGAUGAGGUACUAUAAGCAGCGGUUCGGUGUCCAGAGGGCGCUGGUUCCAGCACACAACCAGAAGGCCGUAGGUCGAGUCCUUAAACAGUACAGAGCUCUCGGCUGGGCGGGAGACUUCGGGAAGGGCUUCGUGAGCCAGCAGCAGAAGGACAUGCAGUACGUACGGAGGAUGAAGUCCAAGUGGAUGCUGAAGAUUGGCAUGGGCAAUAACACCAACAAACAGACCCAUUUCAGAGCUCAAAUCAUGUUCUAAAUCAGAGUAAUAACAGGCUAAAUGAGACUGUGUGUAGAUCCAGCUGAGAUGUGAACUGCUGCUAAUGUUAAAUCAGAAUGACAUGAAUAAAGGUGGAAAGUCACACAUGAUUAAAGUGGAUGAGGAUAUCUGGAGAUCCAAAUCAUCCGGCAUCAAUGCACGAUUGCUUCUUUUGGUUUUGUGAAGUAUUCAUAAUAUCGUUUAUAUUAAUCUUAUUACUGCUUAUAGACAAAAACACAUUGUAUGUGCAACUUCUGAAUUAUAAUACUGUAUAAAUUAUCAAUAAAAUAAGCAAUGUCA